AAAAUUCAAUUUCAUCAUUCAUAUUCUUCGCUGCACUUUACACCCAGCUAUUUUGUAUCAGUAAACAUAAUUAAUUAUAUGGCCUAUGGACCAGUGCCAACCAACCGCCCCGCUAUGAACAGAUAUUAAGAGUUGAAAGAGAGAGACAAGAUAAAGACACUCACACUCAAGUGGGCUUUACCAAGAAUCCGGUCUCUCACUGUACUGUCAUAUAAUAUAAAUGGCCAACCUACUAAGAACACUGAUGUCACCACACACGGGGAGCCUGGCUCGACUAGCUGUACACCGACUACCGGAACGAAAUGCUCUCCUGUGUAGGAGUUGCUAUCAAGCACUACGCACUCUGAGCUCUAGUACAAUCCUCAGUAGCGAGCAGAAACAAAAACCUAAGAAAGGUUUUGACAAGUACCCACCCACCAAAGGAAAAACCCCAAAGAAGGGAGCUAUGGGUGAAAAACAACAGGAUUCCAGUGAAUGGGACGAAGGAGAUCAGUCCAAAAAGUACGAAUUCCGUUUUGAGUUUCCCCCGAAGUUCAACUUUGAUCCUCGGAAGAUUGACGAUCGUUGGGGGACACUUGCCUCCCUUGGACUAGCGUUAGCAGCCGGGUACCUACUCACACGACCCAGGGAAAAUACACGUCACAUCUCAUGGCAGGAGUUUAAAGUGGCCUACCUGGAGAAGGGGGAGGUGGAGAAACUGGAGGUGAUCAAUGGAACUCUGGUACGAGGCUAUCUGUUUGGAGAUGGAGCUACCAAUAUGUUGCCCCCUAGAAUUGUCACUUUCAACAUUGGCAGUGUGGAUGUUUUCGAGCGCAACUUGGACCAGGCCCAGAGAGAGCUCGGCAUCGACUCCUCUCACUUCAUCCCAGUGACAUAUCCGGCUGACCCAAACUGGCUACAGAAAGCGUUUGUGAGUGUCCUCCCCUCCCUGCUCAUCUUGGGCACACUCAUCUACUUCAGUCGACGAAUGUCCAGUGGAGCAUCUGGAAGGGGGGGUCUCUUUGGUGUUGGCCAGUCCACUGCCAAGUUUAUCAACAAGGAGACCAACAUCCAAACAAAGUUUGCUGAUGUGGCUGGCUGUGAAGAGGCUAAACUGGAGAUCCUAGAAUUUGUCAACUUUCUCAAGAACCCUCAACAGUAUGUCGAGCUGGGAGCAAAGAUACCAAAGGGUGCCAUCUUGUCUGGUCCUCCUGGUACUGGCAAGACACUGAUAGCCAAGGCCACUGCCGGAGAGGCUGGUGUGCCCUUCCUCAGUAUCUCAGGGUCAGAGUUCCUCGAGAUGUUUGUGGGCGUGGGUCCGGCCAGGGUUCGCGACCUCUUCAGUCAGGCUCGUAAAAAUGCCCCGUGUAUUAUUUUUAUUGAUGAGAUUGAUGCUGUGGGGCGUAAGAGAGGUGCGUCUGGAGGGUUCGGAGGUCACGAUGAGCGGGAGAACACUCUCAACCAGCUCCUAGUUGAGAUGGACGGGUUCAGUACAACAGCCAAUGUGGUGGUUCUGGCUGGUACUAACAGGCCUGACGUCCUGGACCCUGCUCUACUGCGACCAGGGAGGUUUGACAGACAGAUCUACUUGCCACCCCCUGACAUCAAGGGAAGAGCUUCAAUAUUCAAGGUCCAUUUGAAGCCACUCAAGACCAAGCUCGACCUCCGUGACCUCUCCCGUAAGCUAGCGGCCAUGACUCCUGGCUUCACCGGCGCUGACAUUGCCAACGUGUCUAACGAGGCUGCCCUCAUUGCUGCCAGGUAUCUGGCAAAGGACGUGCAGAGUACUCACUUUGAGCAAGCCAUAGAGAGAGUCAUUGCAGGUCUUGAGAAAAAGAGUCUUGUGAUCCAACCUGAGGAGAAGAAGGUAAUAGCGUACCACGAGGCAGGGCAUGCAGUGGUGGGGUGGUUCCUGGAGCAUGCUGAUCCACUCAUGAAGGUCUCCAUCAUCCCACGAGGGAAGGGCCUCGGAUAUGCUCAGUACCUCCCCAAGGAACAGUAUCUCUAUACAACCGAGCAGUUGUUUGACCGUAUGUGUAUGACGUUGGGAGGACGUGCGUCUGAGGAGGUGUUCUUCAGCAAGAUCACUACUGGGGCUCAGGACGACCUCAAGAAGGUCACCUCCUCAGCCUACAACCAGGUUGUCAAGUUUGGGAUGAAUGAGCGAGUUGGCCAGGUGUCCUUUGACCUCCCUGGCGAGGGUCGUGACCCCAUGUUUGAGAAACCGUACAGUGAGGCUACAGCUGAGAUAAUCGACGAGGAAGCGCGUGCUCUGAUAGACCGCGCCUACCUGUCCACUGUGCAGCUCAUCAAGGAGCACAGGGCCAACGUUGAGAAGGUGGCUGAACGUCUACUAGAGAAAGAGGUUCUGCAAAGAGAUGACAUGAUUGAGUUGCUCGGACCACGCCCCUUCCCCGAGAAAUCAACCUAUGAGGAAUUCGUUGAGGGUACUGGAGGUAUGGAGGAAGAUACUAAACUGCCUGAGGGACUGGCAGACUGGAACAAAACUGACAAAUCAACGGCACCAACAUAGAACGUCAAGCUAUUGGACACUGUUUCUCAUUUCUUGUUUCUGCUGUGUUGGAUGUGCUGUUGUUGUUUGCACUGCACUGUUUAUAUAGCAGUUAAAAAGUUGUUCAUCUCUGAAGUAUAAUUAUUGUAACAUGCUAUUAAUUGUCAACAA